CCUAGUCUGUCGAGACAGGCAGGAACUGUUCGAUUUAACACUGAGUGCAGAACAGUUCAAAGAUUUGUAAAUAAGUCUUUGUAUCUGAGGUAACCUGUUGGCAUCAAGCCUCUCUCUUAGAAUCAUGGGGCAAGAAGAUCUGAUGAGUACCGCAGAAGACGUAGCGGAUCAGUUCCUCCGAGUAACGAAGCAGUAUCUGCCACAUCUAGCUCGCCUGUGUCUUAUCAGCACCUUCUUGGAGGACGGCAUUCGCAUGUGGUUCCAGUGGAACGAGCAGAGGGACUACAUAGAGGCAACCUGGAGCUGUGGCUACUUCCUGGCCACCUGUUUUGUGCUGAUAAAUCUGCUGGGACAGCUGGGUGGCUGUGUCCUGGUCCUAAGUAGAAAUUUUGUACAAUAUGCUUGCUUUGGAUUAUUUGGCAUCAUAGCACUACAGACUGUUGCAUACAGUAUACUGUGGGAUUUGAAGUUUUUGAUGAGAAACCUGGCCCUGGGUGGUGGGCUUUUGUUGUUGCUGGCAGAGUCACGUUCAGAAGGAAAGAGCAUGUUUGCGGGUGUACCUUCCAUGGGCGAGAGCUCCCCCAAACAGUACAUGCAGCUGGGUGGACGAGUCCUCCUUGUGCUUAUGUUUAUGACCUUGCUGCACUUUGAAUCCAGUUUCUUUGCUAUUCUACAGAACAUGGUGGGCACAGCACUCAUCAUCCUGGUGGCAAUUGGUUUCAAGACCAAACUCGCUGCCCUUACUCUGGUGGUGUGGCUCUUUGCCAUCAACGUCUACUUCAAUGCCUUCUGGACGGUGCCUGCCUACAAGCCCAUGCAUGACUUCCUCAAGUAUGACUUCUUCCAGACCACGUCAGUCAUCGGUGGCCUGUUGCUUGUGGUGGCUUUGGGCCCUGGGGGUGUGUCCAUGGAUGAGAAGAAGAAAGAGUGGUAAGGAGACUUCACAGCCCUACCACCUCUGCUGCUCAGGACACAAGGACCCACGAUCAUUUGCUUCUCCCACAUCAACAGCUCAGAGUGGUGACAGCACCACUGUCUGUCGGUCUGCCCUUUUUCUUCUCUUUGUAACGGUUUCUCCAUCUUUUUGUUUUCUUUUUUUUUUUUUUAAGAUCAGUCUGAUAAAUACUGGAGUUUUAUACAUCUAUUUAUGUCCCUUUUGAUGACAUGGCAAGUGGGAAAAAAAAUCAAAAUGUUAACAGUUCUUGAGUUCUGGUUUAUGUUUCUUUCCUAUCUGUUACUCACCACUAAUUAUGAUGCCAUCUUUACACCCAGACACUACAGCCAAGUUUCAGUGGAAGACUGUGCCUCCCUGCACUUAGGGAGAGUUACUUCUAACAAUAUUCAGGAAGGUGUAUGUGUAUUAUUUGUGGAACAAUAUACAUUUUGAAUGUUUUGUUUGAAGAGUAAAAGUGACAAAAGGCAGAAAAUAUAGAACCUGGAUUGCCUGUUAUGGCCUGUGGACCCUCUUGGGUUGUGUCCCAUGUGGAAUGUGAGAAAACAAGCUCCUGUUCUCUUUCCUCUUCUGAAUUCUCAUUAUUGACUCCACUGAUCUGACUACUUGUUCUGUGUGUUUUGGGUAUAGUAAGUCUCCAUUGAAUAAUAUGUUUGUGGUUCAAAGGGGGGAAGAUGUGUGAAAUCUACUGCUAUAUGAAAUGGUGAGAGAGGCAAAAAGAAAAAAAAACCUAACUGCCAUUCAUGAGUGCUUUUCUCUCACAAUAAAUAGUAAUUUGUCUCAGAUCAAGGCUGUUGACUGUGGAGUUUACCUUGUGUGAAUCGUCAUAUUUUGCAGACAUACAGAGGCAAGCCGAAUUGGACGUGGUUGUCCACUCUCAUCUGAAUUUUCUUUUGCUCAGUGUUCUCUUUGUCUUUUACGCUAUUAAAAUAAGAAAAAUAACUCCC